AUGCAGGAAAGUCGACUUCUAUCAACUCAGCAAUCUGAACUUGAUGAACCAGACGAUGAGGGCAAAUGGUCUCCUGUUCAGCUUGCCGCUGCCCAAGGGAAUGUUUGCCAAGUACAGCGGCUCUUAGCCCAACCAGUGGACCCUAAUGAGCCCGCUAAAGGUUACUAUGGGCAAACAGCCCUUCAAGCCGCCUCUAAUAAUGGACAUCUCGCCGUGGUUGAGAUGCUGUUAGCGGCAGGCGCAGACGUUAACGCUCCUGGAGGAAACAAUGGUGGCAGAUCAGCGAUACUUAGUCUCUGCGGGUGCAGAGAUCCACCGCCCAUCCCAUCCGUAUAUGGGCCGAACUGCCCUACAAGCCGCCGCGGAGGGGGCCAUAUCGAGUUACUACAAUGGCUGCUCGAGCAAGGCGCAGAUAUCAAUGCACCUGCCGCUAAGACACUAGGUCGCACCGCACUUCAAGCUGCUGCAUUGAACGGUCACGCCGAUGUCGUGGAAAUUCUCCUACAUCACAAAGCCUAUGUGAAUGCGCCCGCCGUAAGGUAUCGUGGCUUUACGGCCCUUCAAGCUGCGGCUUUUGGAGGCCACCGCCGGAUUGUCCGUCAACUGUUAGAUGCAGGAGCCGAUGUGGAUGCUCAAGGCUCAUAUUAUAGCGGGUAUACGGCGCUCUCGGCAGCAGCAGAAUGCGGCCAUGAUGAGAUUGUCCGGAUGUUGCUCGAUGCUGGCGCAGAUGUCUCCCUCACAACAGGAAAUAAAAAGUGGACGGCGGCACAGAUUGCGAUCUUCCGUGGGCAAGAAGCUAUCACGCAAAUUUUCCAACAGAUUAAGCAGACGGAGAAGAUAGUGUAA